GACCGACCGGCCCCGUUCAGUCGGCGGCUGGAGCUCGAUCGGUGCGCACGUCCCGUGUCACCAUGGUACGCGUCGACGAAGUCGCGACGUCGCUCAAAGUGCACAAGAGUUCCUUCAGCAUCAGCAGCCUGAUCGCAGCAGAUCCUCCGACAGCAGCGGAGGCGAGCGUCAAGCGGGCGUCGGACAGUCCGACUACCAGGAAGUGUCCCGUCGAAGAUGUCCCCAAGAAGGACCCCGCCAAGCCCAAGGAGUCGUCGGGAAAGCUGGAGAAGCCGCCGUUCAGCUACAACGCCCUCAUCAUGAUGGCCAUCCGGCAAAGUCCCGAGAGGAGACUGACCCUUAACGGCAUCUACGAGUUCAUCAUGAAAAACUUCCCGUAUUACAGGGAGAACAAGCAGGGUUGGCAGAAUUCCAUCCGGCACAACCUCAGCCUCAACAAGUGUUUCGUGAAGGUGCCUCGUCACUACGACGACCCGGGCAAAGGCAACUACUGGAUGCUGGAUCCUUCCAGCGACGACGUCUUCAUUGGUGGCACUACGGGAAAGCUGAGGAGACGGUCCACGGCAGCGUCCAGAAGUCGUCUUGCUGUGCUGAAGAGAGCAGGACCCCCUGGCUCUCUGGUUCAGCCUCCAUUCUGUUGGCCCCUCGCCCACUACGCGUCUUCAGCCGCGUCGCCACUCUUCAGCUACCCUUCGUUCCAGCACGCUCUUGGAGUGUCCAAGCUGCCGCACUCCACUGGUUUCAGCAUGGACAGGCUCCUAGCAGCUCCUGGACUCUACCAGCAGACUCCCUCGUGCUGUGGUUACUUGCUGGGCCCGCAGCCGGCGAGUCUGUUUGGACUUCGUUCCUUGGCAGCGUUCGGAGCAGCUGCUGCGGCAGCGGCUGCCGCGUCGUCUCAUGUGGGACUCAUGGCGGCCGCGAGUUCGUCGUCUGCGUCUUCACCAGGCAUCCUCCAUGACGCGAGGGAACGGUCCCCUCCAGCCCCCAUCUACAAGCCCAUUCCCAUACUGUCCAAGCACAGUUAGUGUUUCUUUUUCUUGUAAAGAGGGUGAUGCCUUUUUUUUUAAUUAAACCAGAAACUCGUUGUGCUUCACGGAGCUCAACUGGCCCUUCUAGUCGUUACAAUGUGCAAGUGUGCCAAGGGAAGUGUCGCAACGCUGAUGAACCCAACGAACUUUACGAGUGCAUAUGAGGACCAUAUGUGUAAGUUUGUGGACAGAAAAUCAAAACUGAGGUGUACGACAACCAGGACUUAAUGCUACACGUCGUGAGAAUGACCAAAGAGAUGGCUGACGCACGACCCUUUGCUAGGUAUUUGUGCGAGGUUGACUAUACGGUGACUCUAACAGUGCACCGUGGCCAGCGGCAAACUUGAACUCUCAUCGACACCGUCGAUGACGUCGAGAUGUGUGCACCAUUCAUCUGGACAGGAGCUGCAUACCAAAGACACGACGGUCCGGUGCCCGUACGACUGUUCCGACUGUACAGUUUACUGGAUUUUUUUUAUUAAGUAAAACUAUGAAAGUUGUUCGGA